AUGGCGGUUUCUGGGAUUCAAGGGCAAAUUCUUGAGGUCACAGUUGUAGGAUGUAUCAGGUUGAAAGACACAGAAUGGAUAUCAAGACAAGAUCCAUACGUCUCCAUUGAGUAUGGGAGCACCAAGUUCAGGACAAGAACCUGCACAGAUGGGGAUAGAAACCCAGUUUUUCAGGAGAAGUUUACUUGGAACCUCAUUGAAGGGCUUCAGAAGCUAAAUGUCAGUGUCUGGAAUAGCAACACUUUCAGUAGCCACAACUUCAUCGGUAGCGGAAAGGUUCAAUUGCAAAAAGUUCUUUCUCAGGGAUUUGAUAAUUCUUCAUGGACAAUUGUUGAUGAAAAGGGUAGAUUUUCAGGAGAAGUCCAACUAAUGUUGAAUUACCCCAAUGCCAAUGCCAAUGCCAAUGCCAAUGCCAAUGUCAAAGCUAAGGUUGUGGAUGUUUGA